AUGUAUAAUGGAAUUGGUCUUCAAACACCCCGGGGUUCGGGUACAAACGGUUACGUACAAAGAAAUUGGGCUUUUGUACGUAAAACAAAAGAUAAGGUACAUUACAAAACGGAUGAGGAGUUGGAGAAAUUAGAAGCAAAUUCAAAUAAACAACCAAACCGGGAAAUAUUAGAUCAUGAGCGCAAACGCAAAAUGGAAGUUAAAUGUAUGGAAUUAGAGGAGGUUUUAGAAGAUCAAGGGUACUCAAAAGAAGAAAUAGAAAACAAAGUGACCUUGUAUAGAAAUAUGCUAAUAACCUCAAAUUCUGGAAAAAAAUCAGAAACACCCAAAGACGAAUUCGGAAGGGUAGCCGUAAGGGAAACUCAUCAAAUAGCAGAAGCACAACAGGAGAAAAACGCAAAACUUCGGGAGGCUUUUGGAAUUUCGGAAUAUUUCGUUGAAGGCAGCAGUUUGGAUCCGCAAAGAAAAGUUAAAGAAGCUGCGGCCAAAGCUGCGGCAGAAGAUACUAAAAGCACGGCCACCACUCAAAAAUACGAGUUGGUCCGUACUCCUAGUCCCGCCCCUGAAAAAGAAAUAGUAAAAAAACGGAAAAAAAGGGAAAGAUCCACAUCCGAAUCACCGAAACGUCAAAAGAAAAAAAACAAGAAAAAGAAAAACAAAGAAAAGGAAAAAUUAAAGAAAAAAUCACAAGUUCACGAUAACAACAUCUCAGAUUCAUCUGAAUCUCAAAGUAGUAGUAAAUCCAAGAGAAAAGAGAGAGAAAAUUUGGAGAAGAAAAAUGAAAAGGAAAAAAAAUUAGAAGAAAAUGAUGAUAAGUUAAAGAAAAAAGAAAGGCAAGAUGUUAAAAACAGGGAUAAAAGAGAGGAUGAUAAGAAAACAUCGUGUAAAGAAGUUUCGAGUAAAAUCAAAUUCGGAAAAAAUUUAUCCAAAAAGGAUGAAAAGUACGAAAAUAAUACGAAGCAGUUAACUGAGAAAUCGACCAAGAGUAAAGGAAAGAGUAAAUCGCCAUCUUUAAAAAAUCGAGAUUCUCGUUCGCCUCCCCGAAGGAGAUCUCGGUCGCCGAGAAAUAGAAGUCAUAGGGGUCGAGAUAGAUCUCCAUCUGUGAGUAGGGGAAGAACUAAUAGGUAUCAAGGAAGAGGUCGAUCGCCGCGUAGGUCACGUUCAAGAAGUUAUUACCGUCACAGAAGAGGAACAGGGUCGAGACGUAGAAAUCACACGAGGAGCCGGUCGCGUACGAGAUCACCUCGAAGAAGGCGAGAUAGAUCCCGAAGUUCUUCACGGAACAGAAGGAAAAACGAGUCUCGUAAAAAAUCCAAAGUAUCACCCUCGCCCGUAAGGGAUAACAAAAAAAGUAAAACGAGGAGCGAAAGCAAUGAAUCGAUGAGGAGUAGGAGUCGCUCUUCUCAAAAAAGUAAUCAUUCGAGAAAAAACAGAUCGCAAACAAGUAAAAUUAGAAAAGAGAGGAGCGUGAGUAGGUCUCGGAGUCGGAGCACAUCGAAACCGGCAAGACGGUCUAGAACUCGAAGUAAUUCGAAGAAAAGAUCGAGGAGUCAAAGCUUGAGAAGAUCUCGAAGCAGAAGCAUUUCUAAAAACGGAAGGUCACGGUCCCGAAGUUUAUCCAAAACCGGACGAAGAACCAGGAGUCGAAGCUUUUCUAAAAAUGCAAGAUCCGUGAGCAGGAGCUUAUCGAAAAGUGGAAGGCGAACGAGGAGCAGAACUCGGAGUCGAACUCGGAGCAGGUCGAAACACUCUCGAAGAUCGAAAAGUAGAAGUCCGAGAAGCAUUUCGAGGCGUUCUCAUUCUUUCAGUAGUAGCUCAUCAUUAUCUCGUUCAUCGCGUACGAGAUCACCUUCCAUACCUCGUAGAAGGGGAUCUCCUAGUUUUUUAGACAGAAGACGAAUUACCAGGUACGGAAAAACAAAACAAAAAAAAAAAGUUUUCACGAUAAAAUGCACGAAUAUUUAUGAAUUUCAUAGUUGUUAA